AUGGACGACGACAGAAUAUCUCAGUUGCCAAUACCUAUACUUCACCACAUACUAUGUUUCAUCUCACAGAAAGAAGCUGUGAGAACUUGUCUACUCUCCAAAAGAUGGCGCCACAUAGGAUUAACCCGUCCCAACCUCGAUUUUUUCGAAGAAUGGUUCGACGACAUACCAGAAAAGCUUGUUUCCGUCAUCAGCCGAGCUCUACAACGCUGCCGUGAUCAAACGCGCUCCAUACUGCACCGCAUUCUCUCUCUCCUCCUCUGCAAAGGAUCAACUCGCCUCAACCUCGACUCUUCCGAAAUAUUGUUCAACAUUACACGACAAAACUUUGUCUCCGUAGUCAACCGAACCCUACAAGGUUACCUUGAUCAGAACAUCUCCAUACACAAACUCCAUCUUGACUUAUACAGCCCCAACUCACGACCGGUCAUCUCCCUUCUUGACAAAUGGAUCCCGAUAAUAGCCGCCCUCAACAUAAAAGCAUUCAAACUCCACUUUUAUUCAUUUACUCCGCCGUACUACGACCUGCCCUCGGCAGUGUUCUUAGCCGAGUCCCUCGAAGAAUUACACCUGUGCAAAUGCAGGCUGAGCCCGGUCCAGAGCGUGCGGUUUAAAACUUUGCUCAAGCUCACCCUCGAACGGGUCCAAGUUGAUGGCCGCACUUUCGACACGAAAAUGUUGGGCUGCCCUUCGCUCAGGUGCCUGGUCCUUUAUAGUUGUUGGGAAUUGAGAAACGUUAGGGUGAGCGAGGAGGCAUCGCCUGGGCUCAAGCACUUUGUAUUGUCGGAUUUCGAGAGGAUCGGAGGGCGUAGCAUCAAAAUCCAUGUCCCGAAUCUCGAGACGAUCUCUAUCAAUGGCCAAUGGAUUUGGUGUCAAUGCCAAAGCGCAUUCUUGUUCUCUCGUCUCACGAGUUUGGAUCUCCAUAGUGUGAUCCUGUCGAGCGAGUCGUUCGACCUGUUCUCGUUCCGCUGCCCAACACUUGCCAAAUUGACCCUAGAUAAUUGCUCCGGUUUCGAGGAAUUCCAUCUUGCAAGUGAUUCGGUCAAGUGGUUGAGAAUCUCGACACAGAAAAUACCGCUUAAAGGAGUUACGAUUUGUGCCCCAAACAUUCACGGUUUUAUGUUCAAUGCUCGUAUUCCCCAGGUGCCGGACACAUUCUCUUUCACGACCACUACUUUCAAUGUGUGGCACUCAUUAAUAUUCCUCUCUUCGUAUGAGGAUGAUCCCGAUUUCGACGCCAAUUUGUGGUCCCUUGAGCUGAGACGAGUGCUCAUGGCAUUAAGUGGGUCUGAGAUUUCUCUGUGUCUGGCGAUGGACGGCGGCCCUCAGGAUGUCCCCUGUAGUGCUGUUCUCGGUGACGAGCCGCCUGUGGUAGUGCGGAACUUGAAUGUUGAUACUUGUAAAUGUCGCACGGCGUCUUGGUACUUGGAGUUUACGAAUGGCUUGUUUCGUGUUUGUCGACCGAGCCGCAUAUGGGGUGGUAGGCUUGUGAGAGAGUCCGACAGGAAGUACUACAGGCUCUCGGAGUUUCAGUUAAACAUCUUGCUUGCAUACAAGAACGUCGAUUUGGAAGAAGUUCACUUCGAUGGGCAGCUCGUGCAGUGGACAGACCAGUCGGAAUUGCGAAACAGGACGUAUGACAGGGAAAUAUGGCUUGAGUUGAAAUGGAGAGGUCAGACAGGGAUGUAUGGCUUCUAUUGA